AUGGUUCGCUUUGCGACGACCCCAGAUACUUCCCAGAAUGACGAUGGCCAGCACUCUGGAAAAAAGAGAUAUAGAAAGGGAGGGGGGAAAUGGACCCGAUCGGGAUGCUUGACCUGCAAGAAGCGAAGAAAGCGCUGCGAUGAGGGUAAACCAAGCUGCCACAACUGUAACAGACUGGGACUAACCUGUGAGGGCUAUGGUUCCAUGUGGGCAGCGCCUCUUGGGCCCGCCGCUCAUGUCUUCAAGCACACAGAGCCGGCCAAGCGCCGUAGACUCAGUUUAUCGCCUGCUCCAUCAACUGUCUCGAUUGCAUCGUCAGGACACGCAUCGUCGGUGGCAGAGAGUAGUUCUGCUGCCGUCUCUUCCUCGCCACUCACCGAUCAAGAUGAUCUUGACGAGCCAGACAACUGCAGUUUAGUCUCGGGCUCCAGCAAUAACCAUCAGCUAGUGGUGGCUUCUCCCAGUCCAUCCAGACUCAUUAGCCAUCUUUCCAAUCUCGACUCACACUACCUCCAGUACCACAUGGAGAUGGGAUCAAAGCUACUGGCUAAUCUCGAAACCGAUGACAAUCCUCUGCGAUCCUUGCUGGUCCCUCGAGCUUUAUCAUCGCCACUCCUCAUGAACGCGCUAUGCGCGGUAUCUGCAGCACACUUCUCUAAUCGCUCAUUCAACAGCGGAUCUGCAGAACAUGAAGGAACCAACUACUACAUUGACACAAUGCGAGGGCUUCGAACAACCCUUACGAAGAGCCAAAAGGGCUCGUUCCCAGAUGAUGGCAUCCUCGCUGUUGCUCUCCUCUGCAAGUACGAGAUCGUCCGAGGCAGCGUAAAGCAAUGGGCGGUGCAUUUAGAUGCGCUGCAGACACUAGUUACCUCUCGGGGAGGGUUGGCUCAGCUCAAUGAAGAAACUGCUGAGUUUGUACGAGGACUUUUCAUAUACGCAAUCAAUGUAGCCACGAUCACCACCCAGAGAGUGAUAAAACCGUCUAUCCUGGGGUUCGAUAAUGUGAGCACUCGCAAACUCGACAUCUAUAUCGGAUAUACCGAGGAAAUCAUCAAAACAUGCUCUCGAAUAUCCGACCUUCCACAUCUCCACUCCGACCCUCUAGCCCUAGCACUCGAGGUCAACGCAAUUGACACCGUAUUACGUACUUGGGCGUCCACAAAGACCACUUAUAUCAUCCCCAAGGGCAUGUCAGAAGCGAGCCUGUCUCGCCUACGCAUCGUGGCAGAUUGCUUCCGCGACGCCGCAUACAUCUACCUCCAUUCAACGCUAGAACGAAUGGCAACGACGCCGGCACCACCUUCGCCUUCGCCCUCGCCAUCAUCUGCAUUUAGAUCACCAAAUCCAGAAUGGUCAACCCUAAUCUCAUUCCCCAAGCAGCUCGCCAUCGAGAACCUCGUGAAUAGAGUUAGGGAGCAACCCAUCGAAAAUAAUUGCGAGUUUUCGGCGCUCACGUUCCCGCUCUUCAUAGCUGGAUGUGAAACUACUGCGCUAGACGACAGAGAGCUGAUUCUGCAGACGUUGACUACGCUGGAGGUCAGUUUUGGGAUUGGGAAUGUGAAGAGGGCGAAGGAGUUGUUGGGGAUUCUUUGGGGUGGUGAUGGUGAUGAGAGUGGGAGAAAGCACUGGGUUGAUGUGCUGGAGGGGUUGGGGUGGGAUUUGAUCCUCGCGUAG